GCAUUGAGUGGAGCCAUGCCCCAGUCGGAGGAGGUGGUGCGGCGGACAGACCAGGUGACCAAGCGGAUACAGGAGUUAUGGGCCACCAUGCAAUCUCCAGGACACCAGACACGCAUUCGUCCCGUGUGUGCCGAGCGGAUACGAGUAGCAGUGGCUGAGCUCACCGCCAUCUUCCCUCAGAAGCCAGGAGACGAGGUGGUUCGCACGGCGUUGCGCCAACUCAACACCAGCACCGUCCGUCUGCAAGCGGAAUGCGCCGGCCUGGAGAACAGCGCCGAGCGUGUCCGUUCCUGCGCGUACAACAUGGCCAAGGCCACGCGACAACUGCUCACCAGGUUCCAGUAACACCAGUAUUAAUACCAUCAUAAGUUUUAUUACAACGACUCAUCAGUACCGCAAAUUCUAAUGUAUCGAUACAGGCCUAAUAUUUUAUCUUGUGAUCGCUG